GCUCACAUGUGAAAUGCAGGGACGCUUUUCAACCAUCAAAACUUAAAAAAAAAACACGACUCAUCCAUUUGGAAUUCUUAUUAUUUGUAUUAUUAUUAUUGAAAUAGUGUUCCACGUCACUGCUAGUCGUGGACGAUAAAAAAAAACAGCUACUAAACACAGUCCCGUGUGAUGCCAUGGACAGUGUGAAGAUGGAAUCUAUCCCAGUUAAAGAGGAGUUCCCUGAACAUGAACCUGUCCCCUUCAGUGUGGAAUUCUCCGGGCUGGCUUCCCUCUGUGAGGUGCAGUGUGACAGCAGUCAGCCAGAGGACUCUGAGAUUAAAGCUGAGCACAAUGAAGUGGAGAUCUACCAAACAGAAGAACUGCUUCCUGUGAAACAAGAAGAGGCACUGGAAAUUAAACAAGAGCCCCCGAAAGUAGACUUUGACCACAUGGAACCAGUGAAGGAAGAAUCCGAGGACUUUAAACCAAACAUCCCUGAGCUGGAGCCUGUACACCUGCGGGAGAGUAGCAUGGUGCUGGAGAGAAUCUGCGUGAGAGAGCAAGGCGCUGGAGAGGAAGGCUCUCCCAACAGCACACAAGGAGGGGGAAAGGACGAGGGACAGUCAUAUUCAGAAUGCAGUCUAGCAGGUUUCAGUCCAGCAGCUAAAGCGAGGAUGGGCAGUGGAGAAUAUCCUGACUGUAAGAAAGGUCUCACCCAGUUAGGGCAUUUUGAAAUCCACCAGAGAAUUCACACAGGAGAAAAACCGUAUCCCUGCUCUGACUGUGGGAAGAGUUUCAAACAGUCAUCACACCUUGAAUCGCACCAGCGAAUUCACACAGGAGAGAAACCGUAUCACUGCUCUGACUGUGGGAAGAGUUUCAGACACUCUGCACACCUUAAAAGACACUUGCGAAUUCACACAGGAGAGAAACCAUAUCGCUGCUCUGACUGUGGGAAGAGUUUCAGACGUUUAGAAAACCUGAAAAUACACCAGCGAAUUCACACAGGAGAGAAACCGUAUCACUGCUCUGACUGUGGGAAGAGUUUCAGAGAUUCAGGAGACCUGAAAAAACACCAACGAAUUCACACGGAAGAGAAGCCUUAUUGCUGCGGUGACUGUGGGAAGAGUUUCAGACAUAAAGGAACCCUGAAGAGCCACCAGCAAAUUCACACAGUUAAGAAACCGUAUCACUGCUCUGACUGUGGGAAGAGUUUCCGACAUUCAGAAGAUCUGAUAAAACACCAGCAGAUUCACACAGGAGAGAAACUGUAUCACUGCUCUGACUGUGGGAAGAGUUUCAGUCGUUCAGAACACCUGAAAAAACACAAGCGUAUUCACACAGGAGAGAAACCUUAUCGCUGCUCAGAAUGUGGGAAGAGUUUCAGUCAUUCAGAACACCUGAAAAGACACCAGCGUAUUCACACAGGAGAGAAACCCUAUUGCUGCUCUGAAUGUGGGAAGAGUUUCAGGGUAUCAGGAACUCUGAAAACACACCAGAGAAUUCACACAGGAGAAAGUCCGUAUUGCUGUUCUGACUGUGGGAGGAGUUUCAGACGUUCAGCACACCUGAAAAUGCACCAGCGAAUUCACACAGGAGAGAAACCUUAUCUCUGCUCUGACUGUGGGAAGAGUUUCAGACAUUUAGAAUACCUGAAGGUACACCAGCGAAUUCACACAGGAGAGAAACUGUAUAGCUGCUCUGACUGUGGGAAGAGUUUCAGGUAUUCAAGACUGCUCAAAACACACCAGCGAAUUCACACAGGAGAGAAACCGUAUUUGUGCUCCGACUGUGGAAAGAGCUUCAGACAGUCACAACAUCUAAAAACACACCAACGAAUUCACACAGGAGAGAAACCUUAUCUCUGCUUUUGCUGUGGGAAGAGUUUCAGAGAUUCAGCAGGCCGGAGAAAGCACCAGCGAAUUCACAGAGAACAAAAACCUUAACGCGCCUGUUCAAUGGGACUUUUCACUCAUCCGGGGGGAGGAAACAUCUUGCAUUAAGAGUCCCUAUAUAAUAGUAAUCUCUGUAUCUCUCUUAAGAGCAGGCAUUUUAAAUGGUAAAGAUGCACUUGAGACAGUGCCUGGGAGCAGGAAUAUGCAGAAAGGAAGCUGUGCCGCAGCUUGCCUGAUAUAAGAAUCAGGAGGAAUCGAUAACUCGGUAAAUUAGUUUCAGGGUUUAGCAGUUAAACUUGAUUAAUCCGAAAAUAAAUUGAUUGGAAUGAGUACCCUGAUGUGGUAUAUAGCAUCCAGAGGUGAGACUGCACUUACUGGGCAAUCAGCUGGAUCAUUUGACUUUGUAAAUUCUUCUCGUUUGUAAAACGAAUGAAAAAAUGAUACUGUCCUAUGACUGAAUAUUGUGCAACCUGCAGCUUUGCACUGUGCAUUGUCCCUGCUUUUAUGUUAGCUUGCUUUUAAACUGCCCCAACUAAUACAAAUGUAGCAAGCAUGUGUACGGAUCUUAGGUACAGAAAAGCAUACAGGUUUUACACUCUGUGACAAAUUACAAUGAAUUACUAUUAAUGGAUUAAGCUAUCAUUACAGAGCAGAAAAAUAUAGUUUAAAAUGCAGUCUGGUAAUAGAAAUAAAUGGUUUUUUUUAUUGGGGGGGGGGGGGGUGGGGUCUAUACAUUUUGCAAUGGGUUUAUUUACCUAUAAUACAGAUACAGCUGUACCAGUGCUAGCCCGGGACCUUAUUAAUUGUGUAAUGAGAGUUCCAAUGAGACUUGACUGUAGAAUUUAACCCUUUAAGGACCAAGCAUUUUUUUGUGGGAUGCUCCCCAAGUCCAGGUUUUUAUUUUGUCUGUAUCUGACUCUUUUCCUAUAAAAAAAAAUGAUUAAUCGUUUUGGUUUUUUUUGGUUUUUACAAUGGAGUCUUGGUGUCCUUUUUCUAUAUACAGUGCCUCUAGAAAGGCUACACCC